AUGAAGAACAACACGGAAGUGGCUGAAUUCAUCCUGCUGGGACUAACCAAUGACCCAAAGCUACAGAUCCUUCUAUUUAUCAUGUUCACCCUCAUUUACCUCAACACGCUGUUUGGAAACAUGGGGAUGAUUGUUUUGAUUCUCUUAGACUCUCAUCUCCACACUCCCAUGUACUUUUUCCUCAGUAACCUGUCUCUGGUGGACUUUGGUUACUCUACAGCUGUCACUCCCAAAGUUAUGGCUGGGCUCCUUAUGGGAGACAAAGUCAUCUCUUACAAUGCAUGUGCUGCCCAGAUGUUCUUUUUUGGAGCCUUGGCCACUGUGGAAAAUUUCCUUUUGGCCUCAAUGGCCUAUGACCGCUACACAGCAGUGUGCAAACCCCUCCAUUACACCACCACCAUGACGACAAGGGUGUGUGCAUGUCUGGCGAUAGGUUCCUACAUCUAUGGUUUCUUGAAUGCUUCCAUCCACAUUCGGAACACGUUCAGUCUCUCAUUCUGCAAGUCCAAUAUGAUCCAUCACUUUUUCUGUGAUGUUCCAGCUGUCAUGGCUCUAUCUUGUUCUGAUAGACAUGUCAGUGAACUUAUUCUUAUUGUGGUAGCAAGCUUCAACAUCUUUUUUGCUGUCUUUGUUAUCUUGAUUUCCUACCUGCUCAUAUUUAUCACCAUCCUGAAGAUGCACUCAACUCAGGGUUAUCAGAAGGCUUUAUCCACGUGCACUUCCCACCUCACUACAGUCUCCAUCUUCUAUGGGACAGCCAUAUUUAUGUACUCCCAGCCCACCUCCAGCCAUUCCAUGGACUCAGACAAAAUCGCAUCCAUGUUCUACACUAUGGUUAUUCCCAUGAUGAACCCCCUGGUCUAUAGCUUAAGAAACAAGGAGGUUAAAACUGCUUUCAAGAAGGUGGGUGAGAAGGCAAAACUGUCUCUAGGCUUUCUACUAAAGUCAUAG